AUGACUGCCACAGCGCGACAGAUCGAUGAAACUUUGUCGACAGCCAAUCUGGCCAAGGACAAGUUCACUCCAUUUGACCAUUCCAACAUACCUCUCGAGAAGGAAGAAUGGUCCGUCAUUAUCAUUGGUUCCAGUAUGGUAGGCAAGACUCUCGGUCUUCUCCUCGGCUAUCAUGGUAUUAAAUCUGUGUCUUUUGAUCGUCAUUCCAAGGCAGGCGCUCAUCCUAGAGCUGCCGGAAUAAACUUCCGAACAAGCGAGAUUCUCCGCCAACUUGGCCUAGAAGACUUUACUCUGGAGCAGAGCGGGAAAGAGUUUGACCUCAACGCCGGUAUGCUGCUUGUCGAGAAGCUUAUCGGGGGCAAGGUGAUCAAGCAUCUACAAGAACACGAUCCGGAGCAUGUCAAAAGCUUCACCCCUUCGAAUUGGGUGUGGAUUUCACAGCGCAUGUUUGAGCCCAUCUUGGGCGCAUAUGCAGACAAGUUCAACAGCGAGCAACGGCACGGGCAUGAGGUUCUCAUGUACGAUGAACAAGAGGAUCAUGUCAUUAUGGUUGUGAAGGAUCUGACCACUGGAGACAUCAAGAAAUACAAGACACCGUAUGUGGUUGCUUGCGACGGAAAUCGCAGCCCAACUCGUCAAAAAGAAGGCAUCAGCUGGGAGGGACCUGGUGUCCUCCGCAACAGUCUUGGUGUAGCCUUCAAGUCGGACUUGAGCCCAUUCAUCGGUAAGAGAAUGGUGCACGGCGUUGUUUAUGUCGCAAACAAAGACAUUGGAGGCGGCUUCCGCUUAGAAAAUGAGGGGAGACAAGGCAUCAUCAUGGUCAACAAUGUCGGCCCACGGACUAGCUUUGAACCAGGAUCCGUUACUGUGGACGACGCCAAGGACUAUUUCCACCAACUAUCUGGCCUGACUCGCGACCAGGUCGAUCCUGAGAUCGUGUCAAUGAACUACUGGACUAUGGCAGCAUACACUGCUGGUAGACUCGAGAGCAAGGGCGGCAGGGUCUUCUUGGCUGGAGACUCUGCCCACACAAUGCCACCGACUGGAGGCUUGGGUGGAAAUACCGGUAUAGCCGAUGCGCACAACCUUGCCUGGAAGCUUUCCUAUGUUUUGUCUGGAAAAGCCUCGCAUUCUCUUCUGGCUUCAUACAACGUCGAACGGCAACCUAUUGAUGAGUUUACUGUCAACCAGGCCUACAACCGCUUCCAAAACCGUAUCGUUAUGCAACACCCGCCAGCUCCAGAAGCCCCAGACGAAUCUAUCGAACUUGGUUUCAGGUAUCCUAACGGUGGAGCGUUUGUUCCCGACGAUAAUUACACAGCUUCCAAGGAGGUUUACGAUGACCCUGCUUCUCCCAGCGCAGUUUCUGGAUCCAGGUUUCCCCAUUCUUAUAUCCAAGAAACUGCAGGAUCCGGCAAAACAAUUUCUACAAUUGAUCUAGUCAAGCAGAACUUCUUGCUCAUUACGGUUGACGCUGACUCGCCUUGGACUCGUGCAGCCAGCCAAAGCCCCGUUACACUCGAUGUGUACACUCUCAAUGCGGAAUCAUCUCCGUACAAGGACCCUGUGGGGGAUGUGGAGAAGAAGUGCCGCCUCCAGCGAGGUGAAGCAAUUCUGGUGCGACCUGAUGGCUUCAUCGCUUGGCGUGGUGCAAGGGCAGAGGAUGGCCAUGAGCAGAAGUUGAUAGGUGGACUUGCAGCAAUUUUAGGAAAGUAG